GCUACGCGGCUCUCCCAAAAUCCCCAAAGCCUCGUCCCCCAAAGCCAGAUUUCUUCUCCAGCCUUCAUCGCGCGAGAGGCGUCCAUGGCGGCGGCGGGCCCAGCCAAAACGGAGGUGCUGUCCCUCUUCCGCGCCUUCCUCCGCACGGCGAGGCAGUUCUCCGACUACAACAUCCGCGAGUACACGCGGCGCCGCGCGGCGGACGCCUUCCGCGAGAACCGCGCCCUCGCCGACGCGCCGGCCGCGGCGGCGGCCUUCGCGGACGGGAAGCAGCAGCUGGAGGUGGCCAAGAGGCAAGUGCUGGUGUACUCUCUGUACGCGCCCAAGGCCAAGAGCGUUGUGGAGAUGAAGAUUCAGUGAGCGACACCAGAGAGAGGUUUCACGCCCGCCAUCUCCUCCUUUUCCCCCUUUCGGGUCUGUGCUCUUUUAUGUACUGUCAUAGUAGGGUUACGCCGAUCUGACGCUAAUAGAAUUUUGCCAUUACUAUGUUUGCUGGAUAAUUGCCCUGAUACGGUGGUUGCUAUUGUUCAAUAAGUUCGCAAAUUAAUGAUCAUGAUACUAUGUGUUUCGCAUACCGAUUUUA